GGGGAGUUUCCAGGAAGUGGCCAUAUUGGAAUCAUUGAGCUGCAGCAUUCCAGGGGGAAGAGCGCGCCCGGGAGCAAGGCUCCUCCUCGUUUUCCCCCGGCCCCGCCGCAGCCCGGAGCCAUGGCCUCCACGGCCUCCACGGCCUCCACCGAGCUGGACCGCUUCUCGAGCGAACAGAAGCGGAGUCUUUCGCUCGGAGGCCACGUUGGCUUUGACAGCCUCCCGGACCAGCUGGUCAGCAAAUCGGUCAACCAGGGCUUCAGCUUCAACAUCCUCUGUGUCGGGGAGACGGGCAUCGGGAAGUCCACCCUGAUGAACACGCUGUUCAACACUACGUUUGAGACGGAGGAGGCCAGCCACUAUGAGAACUGCGUCCGGCUGCAGCCGCGCACCUACGACCUGCAGGAAAGCAGCGUGCAGCUCAAGCUGACCAUCGUGGAUGCCGUUGGCUUCGGAGACCAGAUCAACAAGGACGAGAGUUACAGGCCAAUAGUUGAUUACAUUGAUACGCAGUUUGAAAACUACUUGCAAGAAGAACUGAAGAUCCGGCGGGCCCUGUUCAACUACCACGACACCAGGAUCCACGUCUGCCUUUACUUCAUCACCCCCACCGGACAUUCACUCAAGUCCCUGGACUUGGUGACCAUGAAAAAACUGGAUAGUAAGGUGAACAUCAUCCCCAUCAUCGCCAAGGCCGACACCAUUUCCAAGAGCGAGUUGCACAAGUUCAAGAUCAAGAUCAUGGGUGAGCUGGUCAGCAACGGUGUCCAGAUCUACCAGUUCCCCACGGACGAUGAGACGGUAGCAGAGAUCAAUGCCGUCAUGAAUGCUCAUCUACCUUUCGCCGUGGUCGGCAGCACAGAAGAGGUAAAAGUCGGGAACAAACUGGUGCGGGCUCGACAGUACCCGUGGGGGGUCGUUCAAGUGGAGAACGAGAGUCACUGUGACUUUGUGAAGCUGCGGGAGAUGCUGAUCCGGGUGAACAUGGAAGAUCUGCGUGAACAGACCCACACCCGCCACUACGAGCUCUACCGGCGUUGCAAGCUGGAGGAGAUGGGCUUCAAGGACACCGACCCGGACAACCAGCCGUUCAGCCUCCAAGAGACAUAUGAGACGAAGAGGAAAGAGUUUCUCGGGGAGCUGCAGCGGAAGGAGGAGGAAAUGAGGCAAAUGUUUGUCAACAAAGUGAAAGAGACUGAGUCGGAGCUGAAGGAGAAGGAGAGGGAGCUCCACGAGAAGUUUGAGCACCUAAAGAGGAUACACCAGGAGGAGAAGAGGAAGGUGGAGGAGAAGAGAAGGGAGCUGGAGGAGGAGAUGAACGCUUUCAACCGGCGGAAAGUGGCCGUGGAAACCCUGCAAUCUCAGUCCCUGCAAGCCACCUCCCAGCAGCCCCUGAAAAAGGACAAAGACAAGAAAAAUUAAAGCACGCACAUGUCGAGAAUGGACUUUUUACUGUCAUGUGUUAAGUUGCUUGAGUUUCCAACUUGUGAUCCUUCUGUCAUAGCAUUGUGUGAGUGGAUCCAAAGAGACAGCCAGUAACCAGCUCCAGUGUUUACACCCUAACACUUGACAGCCAAGCCCUUGAUGGCCUAGUUAGGGGAUCACCGCCCCCCGACCCUAUCCCCGCCCCCCACCUCCGACCCGAGUCAGCCCCAGAGAAAGUGGACAGCCCUUAUUCUCUAUGCAGAGACUCAAAACCCCAUGUUGGGAAUCGUAGCACUGACGAGGUUUAUUUUUUUUCAGAACCAGUGGGUGGUCUUCCAUUUAUAGUGUGACCAUCAAUUGAUUGAGCAGUUAUGGGUCCGAUUUUAAAGAAGCCUCGUGAGUCCGGCUCCAUUGGGUUUAAUUGUUCAGCGUCAAGAUGGCUACUUACCAGAUGCACUAGCAGAUACACGGAGUGAAAUUCCUUUUAAUUCUUCUAACCCCCAGAUUAAUUCCAGUAAUGAGAAGCUUAAAAGGGACUUCUAAAUUUUCAUCUUGGCGCAAAUAAAGUCGAAUAACACCCCCUCCUAUUAUUUUUAUAAAUAACAAUCUUCCCCUGUUUUAAAAACUAAGUUUCUCUAAAAACGUUCCAUGUAUGUAUAACCUAUCGCUCCAUAUCUACACCUGCGCAGAGAGAGAUAGGUAAUAAACUACCUGUUAUGACAGAGAUUUUCAUGUCUUUACUAUUACGAUUGUAACAUAAAAUAGGAUCACCUUUUGGAAAAUUUUUAAUUCUUGCUCUCUAAAUGAACCAUAGAGGUGAAGUCAUUCUAUUUGUCAACCUACUGUUUUGUGAUGUGUUAUUUGGGAAAUGAAUCGACCCUCCCUUUUAAAAGCUGAUCCGGUUGCAAUAACAAAGCCAUCUACAAAUGCAUAAUGAAGAAUGAUAGCUGUUAGAAGAUUACAGUGGUCGUUUUCCCCCUGAAGCCAUAAUUUUGUCCCCCUAAUUGAGUUUGGAAUAAUUUAUGAAGAUACCUGUUUGUUUAAAAAAAAAAAAACCCAAAAAACCACAUACAACAACCCCCAAAAUAACUUUCUGAGAAUAGCCAUUAGUUUCCAACCUUUCCCUUUGAGGGGGAGAACGGGACCAUCAUGGAAGGAGAGGAAUCUGCCUCGUCCUCCCCAGUAUGUCUCCAGCUGCCAUACGAUGUUUCAGAUGCUAUGUCAAGCUCCAUGGACCUUUAGCUAGAAAGGAAACUAAACCCAUUCCUACUUUGGUGCCUGUAGAAUAAGAAGAAUGAAUUUUUCAGGUGUUUUCUGCCAACUAAGGGCCAUCGGACAGUUCAUUGAUAUCAUCUGAAACAAAAACCUCUUAACCAGAUCUGAUGAUUAUGCUUUCCCCAGUUUCCCGUGGAUCUGGUUUUAUGAUUUUACUAAGAAGCUAGCGGAGACGACCUCUCCCCGGCUCAGUUCAGAAGUGGCGUUUGUCUGGGGUUAACUGGAGAGCCUUCAGCUUUCACUCCAGGACCCACCAUCUUUGCUGAACGCUCAGGUUGAACCGUCUCCUGAGGGAGACAUCUGCGGUUUAUAGGAAUCACUCAAAAAUAGAGGUUGCGAUGUUUCUCAACACUUCUGAGGACCCCGAGGAAAACAAAAUAAAACACUCUUUUGGUACAUACAUGUAAGACAGCUGUGCGUGGGGGGUGGGGGGUCUUGAUGUCUUUAAGCUAGUAUGUAUUCCAAUGUAUUCAAGAGUUUGCUGAGAUCUGUUAACUCUAAAUCAGUGCCACUCUAAGCUAAAUGUAUUGUAAAGAAAAGCCAAACCAAGUUGUUAAGCAGGCUUCUAUGCUAUAUACGUCAGGCUAUCGUGUGUGUCGGGCCAAUAUGUUAUUGUAGAAAAGCUGUUUGAAUAGUACGGCAUGUAGUUCCUCACAGGAUGGAAAUCCUGCAUGGUGAUUGGCUGAAAAGACUAAUGACGAGUCAGUCGAUAUUGUUUGUCCUCAGAGGUGGACAAUAUUGAAGUCUGGAAUGACGUGAACGAAUUGGAUUGUUAUGUAAACGACAGCAGCCCCAUUGGCUGCCCACGAGUGCACGCGUUCCAGAUGUUUCUGAUGAAGAUACUCCAACCAUAUGUAACAAAAUUCCAGUUGACGUUCCAUUCAGGGGACCACCGAGGUCACCUCACGCUCCAUACUGACCCUUUCCGUGAUGUGGUUGGUACACGUGACUGCUCAUUCUCACCUAGUGAAUGUCUGCUCCUCUCUGUGUAGCAUUUUGCUUCAGCAUAUUUGUGUUUGGGGCUUCUUCCGUCGUCGUUUUCCAUUUUUGACUGAGACCAAAUUAACUUUGGUGGUGCGUAAGGUAAACUCAAAAACUUACCUUCUAUUUAACAAGCUUCCAACGUGACGUGUCACUAACCUGAAACCAAGCUGAAGACUUAUCUCUCCCUAUAGAUUAAGAAAGGAAGUGUCUCCAACUUGAUCAUUCCCCCCCAACCCCUUUGUACAGCCACAUCUGUACAUGGUUGGCAUUUCUAGUAACUAUCAUUUGAUACGUUAAGCUUCACUACCAUAUUUUUCACUAAGAGCAUUUGUUACGUGUAAACUCCAUUGACUGGAUGCCUCAUUUUGUAGACUCUGGGUACGUGCAUGCAUGCUGUGUGUAUGUGCGUGCACGUGUGUGUGUGUUUUUGUGUGUGUGUGUGUGGUGUGUGCAUGUGCAUGCAUACGAGAGCCAAGUGUCAGAGUCUGCAGUUAAAAAUAGGAAUAAUUUGACAUAAGGGACUGUGACUUGCUGAUUUGUAAGGUUAAGAUACUUCUUCUCCCAAUCCGCUUCAUUCCGUCACACCGUUUUUGUUGCUUUCCCAUUCACUUUGUACUCAUUUCUUAUUAAAUUUCACAUUUAUUUUGA